CCUAUCUCUCUCUCUCAGCAGAGACAAACCCGUCCUCCUCUCUUCUUUUUCUCUUUCUUUGCAACAACACUCAUCCUCCUCUCUUUUUCUCAUUCAUCUCUCUCUCUCUCUCUCUCUCUCUCUCUCUCUCUCUCUCUGGCAGACGAUCUACACUUCCUCUUCUCUUCUUCUCUUUCUCUCUGUAGCAAACGAUCUGUCGAUCUUUGAUGGCGGACAAAUGGAAAAAAAAAAAUCAAGUUUAGGAUGGUCGUCGGCGGACAAUAGAAGGAUUGCAAAGCUCUUUGGAGGAGGUAAUUAAUUGAGUUCUCAAUCUUCAUCUCUGCCCACUCUUUCUUUCUUAAUUUGACUAUGAGAAAGUGAACUUUGUGACAGGGACGAGAUGAAGGAGAGAAGAAGACGAAGAGCUCAAGGGUUUUUUUAUGUAUGUAUUUUCUUUUUCUUUUUUUGUUAGUCAUCACCAACUAAUACCUAACAAGUUCUUGAUGUAUGGAUUAUGCAUGCAAGAUGUUUGAUAAAAUGGGUCAAUGGACUUGAAACCCAUAUUUGGCUUUUACGGAUCAUUUCUUUUCUGAUUGUCGCAAAAGUGUAUUUUCGUUUUCAUACCUAUCUUUGAUAAAAUGGAUCAAUAUAUUGUUGGACUUUGCUACGGUGAGUCGGUGACAUGUAUGUCACCGUAACUUGCAUUUUUAGGUCGACCUUAUAUAGGAUUAGGUGGACUUAAUAUGCCGUUUCAAUUUUGUGAGAUUCAACGACGCGCAUAGGCGGAGCUAGGCCAUUUUGGCCUUGUCCCGGGAAAGGGGUAAUUUUUGGGAGAGGAAAAAAAUAUCACACCUAUAAGUAACAUAAGGAUGUUUUGUCACUAUAUCACAACUCAUUACUUGUUCAUUAAUUGCUAAAAAUUAGUCAAUUAAUUACAUUCAUGACACUAUUAUUCGACAACAGCUUGUACAUGAUGAAUUAUCUCGAGCAAUGGUGGAGAUGAAAGUUUAUAAGUCAUAUAUCCUUAAGUUUAUUUGCUUAUGAAACAAGAAAGAUCAUUUUUAGUUUCAGCUGUAUUAAGAACAAUUUCAAAGUUGGAUUGGCGAUCAUUUUGCUAAUGAUUAUUUGAUGGGAUACACUGAAAGAGACUUGCUUAAAAGUGUACACAACGAAUGUAUUUUGCAUUUGUUUCGGAAUACGAAAACUCGUUGUGGUUAUUUAUGCAAAAUAUAAUUGUAUUAGUUGAUUGUUUAUUUAUCUAUGAAUGAAUUAUUUAAAUAUUAUUACUUAUAAUUAUAUUUAUUAAAUUUUUAUUAAUUAUAUAUUUAUAUUUUGAAAAUAGGACAGGGGUAGUUUCUAAUCUUGCCUCCUCCCCUGACGACGCGGUUGACCUUUUAUAUCAAAUGGUCGACCUCUUUAGGAAGUGAUGUGGGUGGUUCUUUUAAGCCACCGACGUUUCAUUUUCAAGAUCAGAAUUCAUGUUAAAUAAGUCGCUUUUGGUUGGUCUGAAUAUAUGUUUGCCUUGUUAUUUAACAUGAAACUAUUGUUGCACUUUUUCCCUUUUAUUUUACCCUUCUUCAUCUUCCCUCUUUUAAUUUUUGUAUGCCUUGUAUCAAUAGUUUCAUGUUAAAUAACAAGGCAAACAAGACAAUUUUAAACAAAUAUCACAAACAAUUAUCUCAUUUUUUUAAAGUGAGACAUUUUAUACAAAUUGUUUUAUUUUUUAAAUGUUCUAUAUGACUCCUAAGAAUUAUACACCAUAUCUUAAACCAUAAGGAUAUGCAUAUAGGACAUUAGUUAGGUAAAUUUCUACCAGAACAUCUCCGAUAAACACGAGCAAGGACGUGUCUUAAGGGCCGAGAGACGAUGAAUGGGAUGGGAUUAGGUGCUAACCUUUAUAGGGGUUAGCACCGUGAUAACUAGCAAAAAUCACUACGGAUUAUUAUAAAAUCAAUACAACAUCUAAGCUAAAUCACUACUAAUUCAAACUAGUAGUAGUUUUUCCCUUGGUUAGGACGGUGCUAACUAUUGUACAAUUAGCACCGUAACCCCUCCCACGAUGAAUCAAUAAGCCCACCAUUAUGCUCUGAUCCAGGCCCAAGAUUACUCUACGAUGUACACGUGACAAAUUGUAUAUGGAACAAAUAUCUGAUAUCUUUAGACGUUAGUCCUUACAUUUUCGCCACGUCGACAAACAUUCAUCACUUCCUAUACGAGCAGCAGAACGAUUCAUCACUUCCCUCAUUUACAUACAUAUUCCCAUCCUCUGCGUCUAAAUUUCUUCUCCAUUCCAAUCAAUCGUCUAAAAAAAAUACUAACAAAAUGAGUAAAGUUUCCUUCCCGGAGCCUCCGAUACUACCCUCCGCCAAAUCACCACCAGCAGCAGCUUCCCACAACCACCUUCCUCCGCCGCCGCCUUCCGCCGCAACUUCCAGCUGGUUCGACGACGCCUGCAUUCUCGACAUGGACUACUUCGUCAAGACCAUCUCCGGCAUCAAGUCCAAAGGCGUCCGCCCCGACCUCAUCGGCUCCAUCGUCGCUCACUACGCCUCCAAGUGGCUCCCGGAGCUCUCCCUCUCCUCCUCCGCCGACGUCCCCGCCGCCGCCAGCUCGGAAGAGAGCAUGACGGUGCAGUGGAUGAAGAAGCGGUUCUUCGUGGAGACGCUGGUCGGAAUCCUUCCCCCGGAGAGGGACUCCGUGCCGUGCAACUUCCUGCUCCGGCUCCUCCGCACCGCCAACAUGGUGGGAGCCGAGCCGGGGUACCGAGCCGAGCUGGAAGCGAGGGCGGCGUGGCAGUUGGAAACGGCGUCGCUCAAGGAGCUGAUGAUACCGUCGUUCAGCCACACGUGCGGCACGGUGCUCGACGUGGAGCUGGUGACGCGGCUCGUGAAGAUGUUUGUGGGGAUGGAGGAGGCGGCGUCCAAGCCGUCGUCGAGAAGCGGGGCGGUCCCGGCUGCGGCUGCGAAGGUGGCUCGGCUGGUGGAUGCUUACCUGGCGGAGGUGGCGAUGGAUUCCAAUUUGGGUUUGUUGGAGUUUGUGUCUCUUGCCGGGUCGCUGCCUGACCAUGCACGUACCUCCGACGACGGACUCUACCGCGCCAUUGAUACUUACCUCAAAGCACAUCCAGGAGUGUCAAAGCAAGAGAGAAAAAACCUGUGCAGGCUCAUCGACAGCCGAAGGCUGUCCCAUCAAGCAUCCGUCCAUGCCGCACAGAACGAGAGGUUACCGGUUCGAGUCGUGAUCCAAGUACUCUUCGCCGAGCAGAACAAGAUGAACAGUCGACACAUCGAAUGGAGCGGCUCGUUCAACAACAACGAGUUGAACUCGGUGACGACCCGAAGUCCCAAACCGGACGGGGACCAUGUCUCGUCGUCGACUCGAUGCCACUCGAAGCGCGAGGUGAACGCGCAGCAGUCGGAGAUACGUAAGCUCAGGGAAGAUGUAUUGAGGCUGCAGAGCCAGUGCCUUAACAUGGAGAGCCAGAUGGAGAAGAUGGUGGAGAAGAAGAAAGGGGUGAUGUCGUUUAAGUGGAAGAAGCUUGGGUUCUUGACCUCUUUCAAGAACGGUAGUGUGGCUGACAAGAUGAACAAUGUGAAUGAUGUUAAUGAAGAGGAUAGAGAUGUUGUGAUCAGUGGGAGUUUGGGAAGGCAAACGCCCAUGGAUAUGAAGGCUAAGCUUGUGAAGAGGAGGACUCCUCCUAGGUGGAGAAAAUCCAUGUCCUAGUUGGUUCACAUUGGGAUGGAUAGAACACACUCAUUAUUGUUGUGCUAGUUACUAUCUUAUUGAGUUUUUUUUUUACCAUUUUAUUAUUCUUAAUUCAUAUGAUUAGAAAAGCUUGCGUACUGUUGUUCUCCUUCAAUGUAAUUCUUUACUUAUAUAAAAAUAAAAACAUUAAAUCUUA